UAAUGUGUAUUGAAAUGAAUAUAUAUUUCUCGUCGACAAGCGAUUUCAAAAUUUGAGUAAACUGUUGUUUCUGAUAACAGAAACAAAAAUGUAAAAAACAUUAUAAUUAUUGAUAGAAAAACAUUAAAGUACGUAUGUCACGACUGCAUGAACGGAACCAUUGUAUGCGAUGGAAAAAUCCUACUUUACGUAAAUCUCACUCAUUCUACUCGAUACCCACGUCAGAAGAGGAAAUACCUACUUUCUGUCGACCACAAUUGUCAGCAUUCCUUUUGCCAAUAGCACAACAUCAUCUACCUUUAAACGAAACUUCUAUGAGGUACUGUAUGUGUGAUAAACAAUGUAGCAGAAGAAAACCGUCAAGUUUAUCGUACGAAUCUCAAGAUACUAAGGCAAUAUCUUAACUCGCAUAUUAUUGAUGAAUUAUGAAGAAAAGUCCAUAAAAUAUUAGUAUGUAUUAUUUAUAGGUAUUAAAGUGUAUGGAUUGUUCAGAACCUCAACAAAUGCAGAAGAAUUUGGAGUUACACUUAACAGGAACUCAAGUAGAAGAAGCUUUAGCAGAGGAUAAACAAACGGUUUUAAUACAGUAUUUAGAUUCAUGUACUGCUGGUCUUGAAGCUCUAGUUCAGUAUGGACAAUCUUUGCAUGUAUCUCAAUUAGCUGUAUGUAGAGUGCUCAAUGUUAGUCAUCGACUGGUACUUCCUCAAACUUAUCCAACAAACUCCAAUUCUGAUUCAACUCAUUUGACAAUGCAACUCCAACAGGUAUAUCAGUACUUUAGUUAUUAUUAUAUAUCAAGUAAAAUAUUUGAGACUAACAAUUAUUUAUUUUUUACUUGUCUGGAAAGCCAAAAACAAAACAAAUUAAUAAUUUUAAAAGACUUAAUAGAACACUGUUCUACAAAUAUAGUUCUUCCUAAACAUUUAUAUGAGUUAAUAAAUGUUAAUUACAUAAAGAAAAGAGACUUCUGCAUAGCAGCAAAGAACUUUAGAAAAUUUCUUAAUAAUUUUAAAUUAUCUAUUCCUCAAAUGAAAAAGUUGAAUCAACAAUAUAAUAAUAUUUUAAAUGACUAUCAACAGACUAGGCAUACGUUAGACUUGGAACUGCCAAAAGCAAUAAACAUGUAUGGUGCUAAUAGUAACAUUUUUCUCUAUUUUAUCUUAAUAUUGUAGACAUUUAAUUAUUCAUUGAUAAGAAUAAACUUUAUUUGAAUAUUUUAGACGAUUGACGAUACUCAGAGAAAAUUUUGAAAAGUUUGGGAAAUUUUAUGACAAUAUAAAUGAUAAUGAAAUUGUAACAUUACUUAGGUUGAUUGGAGAAAAACUUAACAUAGAUAAUUCAGAUUCAGUUUCUCAUGAUCAACUUUUAAUAAAACCUGAGAUAUGUGAAAAAUGUAAAAUAAAUUGUAUCAAUAAGAAAUAAAGCAAGAAAGAAGAUUUCAUUAAUAAUAGUACUGUUAGUGUAAUUCUUGGUCUUUGAAAUGCAAUAUAUACAAAUUAUGGACUCUACAAAGCCUUAUACUAUGGCUUUAAUCCAGUUAAUAAAUAAGCCAAGGUUUGGCCAUGUCAAUGACAUCUGCAUUGUAAGAAUGUAUUCUAAAUAUUAUCAGUUAUUUGAGACCGCCUGAACGAGCUGUUAUGUAAAAAUAGCUGAAUAUACGCAAUAUUAUCAGUUAUUUGUGGAAAUAGUACUCAUUUAAACACAAAACUAUGUCAAUUUUUUCUUUGUAUCAACUUAAAUAA